GCCCGCCUGCUCACAACAGCGUUUGCUUUCGGAAAACCAAACUCGGGCCGCCCGCCUAAAGGUGUGUACAGCUAAGUCGGGGCAGCUGCGUGCGGAUACUUAAGCGCCGGACUCCUUGCCACCCUUGGUCAGCGGACAUACAGGCCCGACCAGCGUUGCGGACGAUGUGAUUGGCCGCCGAAUUCGUCGCCCUGGGACCUUCAAACAAAACUCUUAUCACACUUAAAAGUGAGAAUCGUCGUCGCGCGGAGAGCAUUUGCCCGCGACCCACGAUUGCCAACGCACUCCUGCUGCAGCAGCAAUUGUCUGCUGGCCGCCGUAUUAUGGUGCUGACCCAGCAAAUAGUCACCAGUUCUACGAUGUUGCCUCCACCCGCCCCAACCUCCCGAGCACCCAAACUUUCGGCCAUCAAGAACGAGCCCGGUCAGAACGACGAGGAAGCGCCUCCGCCCAUCGGUGGACCAGUUCUUGAAGAGGCCACUAGCUCCAUUCCUGAUCUCGAAUUCGACGGAACCACAGUAUUAUGCAGAGUUUGUGGAGACAAAGCGUCCGGCUUCCACUACGGAGUACACUCGUGCGAAGGAUGCAAGGGCUUCUUCAGGCGUAGCAUCCAGCAGAAAAUCCAGUACAGGCCGUGCACUAAAAACCAGCAAUGCUCGAUCCUGCGGAUAAACAGGAACCGUUGCCAGUACUGCCGGCUCAAGAAGUGCAUCGCGGUCGGCAUGAGCCGUGACGCCGUGAGAUUUGGGCGCGUGCCCAAGCGCGAGAAGGCCCGCAUCUUGGCCGCCAUGCAGCAGAGUUCGAGUUCGAGGUCGCACGAAAGGGCCGUGGCCGCAGAGCUCGAGGACGAAGGACGUCUCAUGACCACCGUCAUCCGUGCUCACAUCGAAACGUGCGACUUCACGCAGGACAAAAUCCGGCCCUUCCUGCAGAACGCUCGUGAAAAUCCUAGCUUCUGCGCACCCACGACCUUGGCAUGCCCUCUCAACCCCAAUGCCGUCCCCCUGAACGGUGCGCAGGAGGCCCUACAAGACUUCUCGGCCCGCUUCUCGCCGGCUAUCCGUGGCGUGGUCCAGUUUGCAAAACGCCUGCCCGGAUUCUCGCUGCUUGCACAGGCAGACCAAGUGACUUUGCUCAAGGCUGGAGUCUUUGAGGUGCUGCUCCUGCGCCUGGCAGCCAUGUUUGACGCUCAGACCGGACGGUUAGUUUGCCUGAACGGCCAGGUGUUGUCGCGCGACUCGGCGCGUCUAUCUGCGUCGAACGCGCGCUUCCUCGUCGACUCAAUGUUUGACUUUGCCGAGCGGCUGAAUGGACUGGGACUGAGCGACGCCGAGGUCGGGCUCUUCUGCUCGGUGGUGGUGAUCGCACCCGACAGGCCCGGCCUGCGCAACGUCGAGUUCGUGGAGAAGAUGCACAGGCGGCUGAAGACCGCCCUGCAGCGACUGGUCACUGAGACGCACGGCGAUAACGCACCUGCCGUGCUCGAGCAGCUGUUCGCCAAGGUACCCGACCUGCGCACCCUCAACACACUGCACUCUGAGAAGCUGCUCGCCUUCAAGAUGACCGAGCAGCAGCAGGAGAACAGCAGCAGCAACUGGGCUAGUCAGGAGACCUCGAGCAGCAGUAGCAGCGUCGAGUCCGAGGAGAUGAGUCCGUACUCCGAGUACCAGCAGUCCUCCUCCUCUUCCUCGUGUCCGUACAAAAUGGAAGGAUCUCCCCCGUCGACUGAUGAGUCUUGCGAGAAUAAGAUUUGCAGUCUGAAGCGACGUGGCUCAACAGCCAGCAUGUACGAGCCAAACACCAAGUACGCGCGCAAGAUCCCUGAGUCGCCACCGUCCGAUUCUGGAAUCGAGUCUGGCACUGAAAAGCUGGACAAGUUCUCCGAGACCUCAGUGUGCAGCUCGCCGCGCUCAUGCGUGGACGUGACCGAGGAGCCGCCAACGACGGCCUUCCCCGAGGACAUGCCGGUGCUGAAGAGGGUGCUGCAGGCGCCGCCCCUCUACGACACCAACUCGCUCAUGGAGGCGGCCUACAAGCCGCACAAAAAGUUCCGCAGACCCAUUCCAGGCGAGGAGGCGGCGGCUGCUGCGGCGGCCGGUGCCACGUCGUCGGGCUGCCCAUCGCAGCAGCCGACGGCCGCGUCCAGUCCAUCGAGCUACAAGGCGGCCAGCCUAAGUGCUACGCACAGCAUGCUGGCCCGAUCUCUGGCCGAGUCGCCAAAGCUCACCGCCGAGCAAAUGAAGCAGGCAGAGGUGAUCCAGAACUACAUCCUGCACGAACAGGCGCCGGCGACGGCCGCGGCAUCCACGUGGCCGUCCCAGGCCGGCGGCCAGACGUCUGUCAUCAUGAGCAGCAAGGCGGUGGCCCCGACUGAGUCGCAACCGCUCAACCUCUCCAUCAAGAUGUAAGCGCGUUUACACGAACUCUGUGGCAGAGUUGAAAGUUGCUUUCGGACUUAUUAAAACAACUUCUUCUGAUAUCACACUUUUUGUUUGAAUUUUUUUCCUCGAUAAUAUUUUAUUUUUGUCUCUACGAUGAUUAUUUUUUAUGUGCCAGAUGACGAAGAGUGCAAUUUUCACUUCCUAAGACCAAAUACUGACUUUUUAAAUUAAUUACGUAUGAGUUAAGAACCUGCGAGCGCGUGCCCGCACGCCGCCGCACUGCUGUUGUAAUAAUUGUAAUGUGUUAUAAUUAUGUUGAUUGAUUGCGCGAUGAUUUGACUAGUGUACAUGUACAAAUUCAGCAAAGAGUUAUUUUUCGUCAAAGCCUAUCAGCACCUGUCUCGUCUCAUUAUUAUUAUUAUUACUACUGUGUCGUGUAAUAUUAUUAUUGCUCUUAUAUCAUACUUUGUACAUCAACGCUGAAAUUCGAUCCAACACUCAGUAUAAUAUAAAUAUAUCAGUUUCUGACGCGAGAGAAAAUCCAAGUAAAAUUAAUUAAACGGACUCUAAAUUUGAUACAAUUAGUGCAAUGCUGUAAAUAUGGUACGUAAUAAUUAUCAUAAUGUAAUAUCCGUGGCAUGCGAUAUGUCUGAUGAUGUAUUUUCCCCAACGCGAGUUUGAAAAACUCGGCUGCAAACUUUUUUUUAUUAUAAAUUAAUGUAAUCGUAAAACACACACGACUAAAAACCAAAUCGUCAAUUUUUGGUUUUAAAACUUAAUAAUUGAUACAUGAUGAUGAAGAAGAUUGUAACACAUACACACUCUAACUCACACAUACACACAUUUAAACAUACACAUUUUGUGCUGUAGAUUCGAAUCACACACUUAAACACCCAUAGGCAAAACUUUUGGCAGUACGAAACAAACAAUUCCAUGUACAUACAAAACCCGGAAGAUUUUUCUCUCUCCCUCUCUCUAUCUCUCUCAAAAUGCAGUGUCCCGAACGUUUUAUAGACGAGUCAAUGAUUAAUUUAUUAGCAAAAGAUUUUCUGAUCAUUCUGACUGCGCCCGCAGUGCGAUUUCGGGUGAUGCAUGACGACAUUUUUUAUAAACUUCUUCACAAAAAUGAAAAGUCUGUGUAGCGUUUAGUAGUUAAAGCAGUAAUUAACUAAUUCAUAACUAAAACUAGGUAAUUAAUGUGUAACAUCAAAAAACAUCUCGGCGAGAAUAUAAUGCAGAAUUAAAUUCGUAAGACGCGUUAUUUUGAAAUUUGGCGAUCCGCGAAAACUGGUUAUUUAGUUGAUUAAUUAAUUGUUUGUGAUAAUCGUUGAUUAUUAUUUAAUAUUUUUCCGCGAUUGGUUAGCAGCCGUUGUUGAUGAUUAUUUUCGUUCGUUUCCUCAAACAAUUUCGUACACCACACCCGCAUAAAAAUCGAAAUUAUUCUCUCGUUACUUUCGAUUGCAUUCACAACAGCGAGAUACGAAUUUUUAUAUACAACUUCCUCUAUGCUGUAUAACUCUUAAAAGUAAUUAAUUCAUUAAUUAAUUAAGCUAGGCGACUACUCUCAAUGUGAACCAACCAACCAAACACUCACACAUACACACACCUGGACAGGCGGUCUCACUCCGCGAACGUGCCGGCGCUACUUUGUGAAAAACGCGAAACUCAUCCAAACCGGGCCAGUUUUCCGAAAUCGAAUCACACUUGUAAAGUACAAAAAAUUACAUUUCCCUCACUCACUUCUCCCCCGAAGGCAAUGGCACGUUCGCGGAACCUUGCUUCACACUUCUUGUGUCAGGACCAAUUUUCAUGUGCAGUAUUUUCCCGGGAAAUUAGAAUUUCUGUAUACGUUGGUUCUGUUUCCUAAUUCGCAACUUGCUUUUUAAUCGAUGACUUGACGCGCGCGCCACAUCCUCUUCAAGUUGAUUUCUUUUGUCCUUUCUAAUUUGUGUUGUUGGUACAUUUUAAGAGAACUUGAAAAGGAAAAAUAUAAUGAUGAUGACGAGAAUUUUAUGCGAAACACACAGAGUAUAUUUUUGUUAGUCUGCAAUUCUAAUUGACGGAAAAUGCUUUGGAUUAUUUUCUUAUCCCACCUACUUGGAAAAUCAUCUCGUAAAAGUGAAAAAUUUUUGAUGAGAGUGACUGCUGCUUUUUUGUGUACGAACCAGGCAAUGAAUGAAAAACUUGUGCUCGAUUGUAAGCUACAAUAAAUGGUUUUUAGGGGAAUAAUUGUGAGUGAAAAUUGCUGCAGAAGUAUGAACUGUUUCAUUGUUUUCUUUUUAUAAUAAAUAGAAAAUGUGAAAAAAUAAUAAUGUAAUAAUUUUAAGUUGGUAUAAUGACUGUUUAUUGUGGUCAAUAAAAUAUGGUAAUUUUAAAUUAAA